AUGAUAACAAAACCAUCACUCGAAUGGCAUUAUCAGGAUGCACUAAAAUUAUUACAUCCAACAUUAAAAGAUGAACAAUUAGUAACAUGUGCAUAUGGAACUCGGAUUGAUUAUAUAUAUCUACGUCCACGUCGAGAUGAUCAAUGGAAACUAAGCAAAUGUUCAAUUAUAAAUACUCAACCUGCUACUGAUCAUAAUGCUAUUUUUGCAGAAUUUGAAAAAUAUUAG